GAAUUGAAUGGUGCAACAAAGAAGGCCACAAUCAAGAAAAUUCCUACUAGUUCAAAAAAAGUUGCAAAGGAUUUAUGUCCAAACACAAAGAUUUCUCUAAAAGAACGUAGUCAAAUACUUGCCACUCAUAAUAAAUUUCGAUCCGAAUUGGCUUCUGGUAGAGUGAGAACCAAGGAUAAUAUUAUGCCACAAGGCGCAGACAUUCGAAAAUUGAAAUGGGAUUGUGAGCUGGAAAGAACUGCACAAAAAUGGGCUGAAUUAUGCCAAUGGAGACAUUCCGACGAAUCGUUCCGUAAUCACAAAGGAGAAAAUCUUUAUAAAGUUAACCAGAAUUUCCCUGUCAAUAGAAUCGGAAUUUUUAAGAUGGCAUGGUUCGAAACCUAUAAAAUCGGCUGUGGUAUGAAAACGGAUUGCAUAGAUUAUUCCAAUCCACUUUUAAAACAUAUGCUAUAUGUCGUAUGCCACUACGAUCCACCGGGAAAUACGCUCAAUGAACCAAUAUAUGAAGUGGGGAAGCCUUGCUCCAAAUGCAAACGAUAUCCUCGAUCAAAAUGUGAGAAAAAUCUUUGCGCUGGCGGCGGACCAGCAAUUUAUUGCAAAGACUUUUACAAUAAUUGCAACACUUUACAACAGUAUUGCCAUAUGCAAAAUGGUCUAACACAAGAUUUCAAAGAUAAUUUGAAAAAAGGUUGUAACAAAACUUGUCAAUAUUGCACACCGAUUUGA